AAGGCACGAUUCGUUCCACACCGCCGCACCGUCGCCGCCUCCAGGCCGCACUGCCGCCAAUCCGCAGCACCGUACUCCCCCGACGGCCGACGCCCAGAUCAGCGCGAGGCCGUCCGCGCGCCACCCCGCCCUCCUCCACCUCCGCCUCCGCUGCCCUUAACCAGAAUCCUCCUGCGACUGCGCCGCCGUACCUCCCGCGCACUCCAAGGAUCCUCCUCCCUCGUGCCGGCGGUGCCCCGCUGCGGCCGCCGCCAGCGUGCACUAGGUUCGCUAGACGAUUGCGAGGGCCCCUACAUACCCGCUGGGGCUCUACAAACCUCGCGUCACCGAGUCCGCUGCCACCGUUGCCUCCUUCCUCCGCGUGUAUCGGUUCCAGGAGCAUUGCACGAACGAUUCCCAAGUCGCCGGCAGAUGGGGAAGCGCAAGCCCGUGUCUACGACGGCCGCUCGAGUCGCAGCACCAAAGAAGCAGCCAAAGAGGACAAGGCCCACGAAGCAGGGAGCUGAAUCAUGCGAGGAGAAUCCUGAACGGUUGGAGCUUGUCGGCGGUCUGGCGGCAGCGGUGGCAUUGCCAGACACCAGUCCAGCAGAAAUUGUAGGAAUUGAAUCUAGAGCAGUGGAGACUGUUCAACAUGAGAAAAGAUCCAAUGGAAGCUUUCAAGGCAUAGAGCAGAGUGAUGAAGAUGACAUAGAAGAUGAGUACAACCCCUCCAGUGGGGAUGCGACAGGUGAUACGAUAAACAAUGGACAUGAUUGUUCUGAUGAAACAAAAACUUCAUGUUCUUUUCAACGUCAUGUAAGUCACAUCAUAACAGAAGAAGAAGUCAAUGCAUUAAUGAAGCAUAACUGUAAAUUUAAAUGGGAAAUGCCUGCUGCGGACAUUCCACAGUCCAAAUGGGUUGGAACAGGUGAAAAAAUGCAGGGAGCUUAUGAUCAUCUUCAUGAUGUUAAAGGAAAGUUGAGGGACUAUUGGCAACAUACCCUGUCUAAUCAUUUGAGUUCUCGAAUGGGCUUCUUCUCUCUUUGUAAUAGUUAUCGUGACAUAAUGCAUUGUAAUAAGAAGCCAUUUUAUCUGAAAGGUAAUGGUGUGGAUUCGAGUACUAUGGAUGCUUAUCUUAUGCAUGCUUUGAAUCAUGUUCAUAGGACAAGAGAUGUUGUCAUUAGAAAUGACGCAAAGCUUAGGAAUGAUGCUGACAGAGAUAUUUCGGAUGAUAACUCAUACCUUGAUCAGGGUUUUACACGUCCAAAGGUUCUUUUCUUGUUACCGCUCAGAAGUUUUGCACGACGCAUUGUGAAGAGAUUGACCCAGCUUUCCCCGACCUCACAAAAGGAUAAUGCCAUGGGACAAUUUAAAAAACAGUUUGGCGAAUCAGAUGAUGAAAUGGAUAAGCCAGAACAUAGCACAAAACCCGCAGACUUUGACCUUCUCUUUGCUGGGGACAUCGAUGAUCACUUUCUUUUUGGCAUAAAAUUUACAAAGAAAUCUGUUAAGCUGUACAGUAACUUCUAUUCUUCUGAUAUCAUAGUCGCGUCUCCUUUAGCGCUUAAACGUAAAAUUGAUGGAGAAGAUGUCAAGGAAAAGGACUACGAUUUCUUAUCAUCAAUUGAAAUAGUGGUUGUUGAUCAUGCAGAUGUGAUAUCUAUGCAGAACUGGGCGCAUCUGGAGGCUGUGUUUGAACAUCUGAAUCAUUUGCCGUCAAAAGAACAUGGAACCAAUGUGAUGCGAAUUAGGCCAUGGUACUUGGAUCAGCAUGCACGGUACUAUCGCCAGACAAUACUCUUAAGCUCAUAUCUUACUCCAGAGAUGAAUGCUUUAUUCAAUGGAUUAUGCUUAAAUUAUGAGGGAAAGGUUAAAAUGGUGACCGAAUAUGCAGGUGUCCUUCCCAAAAUACAGCUUGAAGUACGGCAGGUAUAUGAACGGUUCAAUGCAUCUUCUAUUGCUGAAGCUGACUGUGCCCGGUUCGAUUAUUUCUGCAACAAGGUAUAUCCAAAGAUUCAGGACUUAGAUGAGGGUGGAGUGUUGCUAUUCGUCAGUUCAUACUUUGAAUAUAUUCAGAUAAGUAAUUUCUUAAAAUCUAAGGAAGCGUCCUUCUGUCGAAUUGGGGAGGCUACAUCACAACAGAAUAUAUCUCGUUCAAGACUCUUGUUUUUUGAGGGCAAGAAAAAGAUCUUGCUUUAUAGUGAAAGAUCUCACUUCUACCACCGAUACAAGAUCAGGGGAACACACCAUUUGUUAAUUUAUUCAUUGCCAGGGAGAAAAGAAUUUUAUCCAGAGCUUGUAAACAUGCUAGGUGAAUCAAAGAAUCCAAAGUGCAAUGUCCUCUUUUCUCGUCUGGACCUUCUUAAGUUAGAGCGGAUUGUUGGAACAUCUGCAGCACGGAGGUUGAUUUCUUCGGACAAGAGCAUGUUUGUCUUCUGCUGAUGUAGCCAUGUAGGGGACCGUGUGAGCCUGCAAGAAAUUUUGGUGAACACUAGAUGAAUGCCCUGGUGGCAAUUUUCUCGAGGUCCGCUGUAAUAACUUCUUUCUGGAGCAAUUGCAAUGUUACCAUGUAACAGCCAAUUGCAUUUCGGAUUUUCUUA